UGACAUCUGUCACAUAUACGAACGAAGCAAUGGCGUUUUAAACUCAACAACUUCACGCUCAUACAUCAGUAUUUCUCUUUCCGGUGGUUCUUGUCAAAUUAAAGAUGCCAGGUGUAACAGUAAAAGACGUCGACCAAGCUGCUGUUGUUAAGGCAGUAGCCGAGUUCUUGAAGAAAUCUGGUAAAAUGAAGGUGCCAGAACAAAUGGACAUCAUCAAGACCGCAAAAUUCAAGGAAUUGUCACCAACCGACCCAGACUGGUUCUACACACGUUGUGCUUCAAUUUUGCGCCACUUGUACCAUCGUCGUUCAGUCGGUGUUGGUGCCAUCACCAAAAUCUACGGUGGACGUAAACGCAACGGUGUUCACCCAUCACAUUUCUGUCGUUCAGCUGAUGGAGCUGCACGUAAAGCCUUGCAAGCUUUGGAAGGUGUUAAAUUGAUUGAAAAGCACCCAGAUGGUGGCCGUGUAUUGACCCCACAAGGCCAAAGACAUCUUGACCACAUCGCCAACCAAAUCGUUACAAAACAAAGAGCUGCCAUUAAAGCCGCCGCUCAAGCCGUCAUUGUAACCGCUUAAACAGCGAGAUCAACAGAAGAGACACACACUAUUCGGUCUUUUUUUGUAAUUUUACUGCUUUAAAUGGCUUAAAAAAGGAAUAUUUCUAAAUAAAUCUGAAAAAAAAAUUGGAAAAAA